UCGGUCGAGUUUCAGAAAGUUCUCUGGGGAGCCCAACUGCCGCGUCCCUUCGCGGACCCUGCCUGCGAGGCCGACUGUAACAGGAUGCUGGGGCUCGAGGUGCUCGCCCCUUGCUUUGUGCGAGGGAAAAGAACCAAUAAGGAGCGAGGCAAAAACUGGGUGCUGUAAACCCGAAAAGGGGGCGAGGAGGCCCGCGGGAAGAGCGGGGGAGGAGAGAGGGAGGAGCGGGGAGGGCCCGGCGAGGAGGAGGCCGGCGCCGAGCGCGAGCAGCGCCCCUGACACUAGAGGGGGAAGCCGGGGGGGAGCGGGCCUCGCAACCGAGGGGCCGGCGCGGGGAGGCGGGCGCCGGGCGGGGGUUCGCCGGGCCGCCGCGCGUGACGUAGCGCCGGGCAGGGCGUUAUCAGCUGCGGGGCCGCGGCGAGGGACGCGUGGCGGCAGCGGACGGCGCCGCCCGGUCCCGGACGGCCGCAAGCAGCGGCCGCGCGCGGGUUCCGAGCGCUCCGGGUCUCCGCCCCUGCCGCCGCGCCCCGGCCGCCGGGAGGCAUGAGUCCGCGGCCGCAGCCCUAGCGCCCGCUCCUCCGCCCGGGCGGCCCGGCUGCGGGGACGGGUGCGCGCUGUAGGGUUGGGGGCCAUGAAACCGAGUCCGGCCGGGACGGCGAGGGAGCUGGAGCCGCCGGCGCCGGUCCGGGGCGAGCAGCGCACGGCGGAGCCCGAGGGGCGCUGGCGGGAGAAGGGCGAGGCGGACACGGAGCGGCAGCGCACCCGCGAGCGGCAGGAGGCCACGCUGGCCGGGCUGGCGGAGCUGGAGUACCUGCGCCAGCGCCAGGAGCUGCUGGUCCGGGGCGCCCUGCGCAGCUCUGGGGGCGCGGGGCCAGCUGCAGCCCGCGCCGGGGAGCUGCCGGGGGAGGCGGCGCAGCGCAGCCGCCUGGAGGAGAAGUUCUUGGAGGAGAACAUCUUGCUGCUGCGGAAGCAAUUGAAUUGUUUGAGGAGAAGAGAUGCUGGUUUGUUGAACCAGUUGCAGGAACUCGACAAGCAGAUAAGUGACCUGAGACUGGAUGUGGAAAAGACAUCUGAGGAACACCUGGAGACAGACAGCCGCCCCAGCUCAGGGUUUUAUGAACUGAGUGAUGGGGCUUCGGGAUCCCUUUCCAAUUCCUCGAACUCCGUCUUUAGUGAGUGUUUAUCCACUUGUCAUUCCAGCACCUGUUUUUGCAGCCCCUUGGAGGCAACCUUGACUAUCUCAGAUGGUUGCCCCAAAUCUGCAGAUGUGAAUCCCAAGUACCAGUGUGAUCUGGUGUCUAAAAACGGGAAUGAUGUGUAUCGCUACCCCAGUCCGCUUCAUGCUGUGGCCGUGCAGAGCCCAAUGUUCCUCCUUUGCCUGACCGGCAAUCCCCUGAGGGAAGACGAGAGGCUCGGUAGCCAUGCCAACGACAUUUGUGUCGGAUCUGAGCUGGAUGCCGUCAAGACGGACACUUCCUUACCCUCUCCAAGCAGUUUGUGGUCUGCUCCCCAUCCUUCAUUGAGUAAGAAAAUGGAUGGUUACAUUCUGAGCCUGGUCCAGAAAAAAACGCACCCUGUAAGGACCAACAAGCCGAGAACCAGUGUGAACGCUGACCCCACCAAGGGGCUUCUGAGGAAUGGGAGCGUUUGUGUCAGAGUGACUGCGGCCGUCUCACAGGGCAACGGUGGGAACCUUAAGAAUUCUAAACAGCUGCCUUUGCCCUCUGGCGGGGUCCCCUCUUUGGACAAUGGGACGUUGUCCCCACUGAAACAGUGGUCAAAAGAAUCAAAGCCAGAACCACUGGAAAGCAAGAGGUUGCCCGCGCCUGAGGGCAUCUCCCCAGGCACUGCCACUGAACUUCCAGGUAAGCAUCUGCCCAAAAAUGCCAAGCCAGCCUCCCAGGAGCUUGCUAGGUGUCCCCCUGCUGGGGUAGGGGAGUCUCCUAAGGAAAGCGGUCAGAUCCCAGCUGCCUCCCCAAAAGAGAGCCCUGGGAAGGUCCCCGCCUCGCUGCAAGAGAACAAGGUGGUCCAGCCACUGAAAAAGGUGCCACAGAAAAACAGCCCGCCGGCUCUCCCUACGGCGGCGCCCCCUCCCGCCGCUUCCGCUCUGGUGUCUCCCGCUUUCCCAGUGGAAGAGCGGCCUGCCCUGGAUUUCAGAAGCGAGGGCUCUUCUUCUCAGAGCCUGGAGGAAGGGCCUCUGGGGAAGGCGCCGCCGGUCCUGGCGCAGCCGCCCAGCGUCAGGCCACCCCGGGGUACACGGCCCGUGGCCACCCCGAGGGGCUCUGCCCUGAAGCCCCGGGCCCCGGCCGUCCACGGGCCGGAGAGCGCGCUGCCCGCCGUGAGGGAGAAAGGCCGGGCGGCCGGCAAGAAGUGUCGGUUCCCCGAUGAUGCGGAUACAAAUAAGAAACUCCGGAGAGCCCCGGCCAAGGGGCGGCGGGGCGGGGGCGGCCAGUCCGACGUGGGACCACCCAGCCGGCCGCUGGGGGCGGGCCACCGGGCGGGGAGCCGCGGGCACGGCCACGGCCACGGCCGGGAGGCGGUGGUGGCCAAGCCCAAGCACAAGCGUACCGACUCGCGGCGGUGGAGGUCGGCCGCCGAGGUGUCCUACGAGGAGGCGCUGCGGCGCGCGCGGCGGGGCCGCCGGGAGCCCACGGGGCUGUUCGCGGCCAGGCCGCUGCCCUACGCCAGCCCCUACGCCUACGCGGCCAGCGACUCCGAGUACUCGGCCGAGUGCGAGUCCCUGUUCCACUCCACCGUGCUGGACACCAGCGAGGACGAGCGCAGCAACUACACCACGAACUGCUUCGGCGACAGCGAGUCCAGUGUGAGCGAGGGCGAGUUCGUGGGCGACAGCACCAGCACUAGCGAUUCCGAGGAGAGCGGAGGCUUGAUUUGGUCCCAGUUUGUCCAGACCCUCCCUCUGCAGCCGGUCCCGGCCCCGGACCUUCGCCACAACCCCACCAAAACCUUCGUCAAAAUUAAGGCUUCACACAACCUCAAGAAGAAAAUCCUGCGCUUUCGGUCUGGCUCUUUGAAACUGAUGACGACCGUUUGAGUAACGUCCUUGGUGUAGAAAGUGGGGUUUUUCUAGUUCCCGAAAAAACGGCGGCGUCUUACUGUUUUGUGCGUAAUAAUCCCAAGGAAUGCUUUCCUUUGGUUUAGAUAAGACCGAGGUGAAUUAUGUCUCAUCUUCGUCAAGUAUGGACACUAGUGCCUAGUGCCUUUAGUGGAAGGUAAAGAAUGUCAUUGCUGGUUAGAAGUGAAUAUUGAGUUUCUAAUGGUGGUGAUAGUGACUUUUGUGGUAUCAGAUGGUUUUUAUUUGACAUUUUGUGAGCAUCUGUGAAGGCACAGGUUUUGAUGGUCAAGUGUUAAUGGGAUGAGACCUUUGAUCUGGAGGUCAGGUGGAUGGAAUUUAGGACAUACAUUUGCUGCUUUGGUUCUUUAGGGCAGCGUCUCCAUGAGGGUUUUCCUGUUGGCGGUAUCACAUACAAUUGUGUGAGGUAGAUACAAGGGGCAGUCAUGGUUUUCUGUAGUUUUUUAUAUACUCUUCUUUUCUCGGAUGUAUCCCCAUUCUGUAUUCUCCUCAGAACUCUUUGGUUUACUGGACCCAGAACUUGAAGACCAGACCCUACAUCCAGAGAGGUGACCUGGAUAGGGAGGCUGGUAAUACCUUAAAAGGAUUCACUAAAACCUUUGCCACACUUGGUGCCUAGGCCCUGGUUACAGUAACCCCUUCUAGGGCCAUUUACCCGACAUUGAUGCCUUUCUCCUCCUCCCUAAUUUGCAGCAGAUCCAACCAUUCCUCCCUUGGAGACUUGCCUUUGGGAUAACAUUUUGGUCAUCGGGUACAAAGAAAUUCACUCCUAGUGAAAUAACCCUUGGGUACGACUCCAAGCUCAGAACUGCUCGCGGGGCACUGUGCCACCUAAGCAUUAGCCCAAACGUAUUAGUGCAAUCCAGUCCAGAUCGGACCCCUGACCCUGUUUGGAAGGGCUUUUAAAAAAAAAAUUUUUUUUUUGGUAAACAGUAUUGUGUAAAAUUCCUUUUUUUAUACCAGUAUAUGCAUGUUUUGUGCAUGAGUAGUAUUUGUUUUGAUAUUCCUGUUGAUGUUAAAUGACUGUAUGAUAUAAACAGUAUGUGUUUUUAUAUAUCUUUGUGUAAAUUUAAUAUAACGCAUUAUAUGCUGUAAUAAACGAUUUGUUUUACUGCU